UUGUGAAUAAGGAGAUAUUUUUCUCGAAUAAAAAAGAUGAUUAGUUAUAAAAUUUCCGCACCGGGCACAAUCAUUUUAACCGGAGAGCACUCGGCGGCGUUUGGUAGAACCUUCAUUACAACCAGCUUAGAUUGUCGUACCAGACUCGAAUUCUCCGAACUGUCUGCAGAAACACAACACAUUGAGAUAGACUUCCCUGAUGUUAAUCUACAGACUAAUAUACCAUUAGAAAUUAUUAAUGACUUCGUUAUAAGAAACUCUUCAAGUCUACAACGACUGGAGUACGUGAAAUUCUUAAUUACUGCAAACUGUAUGUGGAGGACUUACGCCCAAAGAAAUUCUUUAGAAAUAUUCUUAAUCGUCUUUUAUAUUGUUAUGGCUGAGGAGUUUGGUCCUGUCAGCAAUGAUGUUCCACCAUUUCGCGUGACGGUGUCCACGGAAAUACCCAUGUGCGCCGGUUUUGGCAGUUCGACAUCUUUCACGGUAUGUCUUGUAGCGUGCUUUCUUCGUUGGCAGCUUCUACGAGGUGUUUAUCGUUUUAAUUUUGCAAUUGAGUUUUUUGUUAAAACUGCGUUAAUUGCUCAAAAAAUCGAGAGUAUCUUGCACAAUGAGUUUUCGACGACCAAUGUCGCAGUUUGUGUAUUCGGCGGAAUAUUAAAAUGUCGAUUAAACAAUUAUUCGCUCGUUGCUCAGCAAACGGCUACGCACAUUCAUCUAGAAAGAAUGAAGAUUCUAUUGAUCAAUUCAAAUAAUCGCCAGAUAAAGCAUAGACAAGUAUUAAAAAAAAUGAUACAACUGAAAUCUGAAUCUCCUGAUGAUUUUCUUUUUAUAUUAUAUAAACUUAAUCGGUAUGCAAAAAGAAUGUUUACACACUUUCAAUUAAUAACUUCUGCCAUUGCAAUGGACAACAGAACUCAACAAGAAAAUUGUUAUAAUUCUAUAAAGAAUUACAUUUGUAAGACUCAAGAAUUAUUGACGGAAUAUGAUUUGUCGAGUGAAGCAUUCGAUAACAUUGCCAGCACUGCAACAAAUAUGGAAUACGCGGCAAAGCUUACAGGUUUUGGACCUAGAUAUGCAUACAUGUUGCUACCACCGUACAUUAGAGACAAUGAAAUCGAAACAAUUACGACACAGUUUCAAGAUCAGAACUUCGUUGUUACACAAACUACCAUCAAUGUUGGGGGAAUGGUAUAUCAUGUUUGA